AUGGACCAAUUUUCAAUUGAGACUAAAAUAAGAGAAGUUGUUUAUGAAUUGUCUUAGCCGACUAUGAUGAGAUGUAAUAUCACUUAUAUUAAUAUAGUAUCUGAUUGUUUAAGAUAAAUAGAUUAAUAGUAACUGAAUAUUGAUAAUUUGAAAUAGUAAAUUAGAUAAUAGAAUGAUAAUUAACAAAAUCAUUAGAUUGAAACUAAUAGGAGAUAUUCUGAAAUUGAUACUCUUUAGAAAUAAUAAAAAAAGCUAGAGUUAGAAAUCAUGAAGAAUUUAACACAGAAUUAAUAAUCAUCAACUCAUUUGAAAUCAAGAAUUGAAUCAUUAGAAAAAGAAUUGGAACAAUAAAAGAAUAAUAGUUAAUUUGUAAUAAAUUCACAAAUAAAAACUUAAUCUGAUUUAGAUUAGCUAGCAAAGAAACAAGCAGAACACACUGAAACUUUUAAUAAAAAAAUUGAUGAAUUUUUUAAAGAUUAUUAUACAUUUUUUGUAGAUAGUAGAAAUUAAGUGAAUAAAAUUUCAAAGGAUUAGCAAUUACUAUAGAAAGAUGUUUAGAACUAAUGUCUAUAAUUGGAGUAAUUAGGGACCUUUAAAGAUCUAUCGGAAUAAUAGUUUUCAAGUUUAACCUAAAGGGUUGAAUGGAUAAUAAAUGAAAUGAAUCAUUUGGUGAAUUAAGAUUAUUUUAAAUUUACUUUUGAUAAAGUAUUAUAAUGGAUGUAUAUAUAGAGGAAGAAAAGUCAAGAAUGGAAGAUAAUUAAUUUCUAAAGGGAGCUGUAUAAUCACUAUAAAGUUAAGUACAGGUUUACAAUAUAUCAUUUGAUGAAAGAGUAAAAGGGUUAGAGAUGUUUGAGAUUCAAUAUCGUUAGUAGUUGAAUUCUUUUUAAUAAUAAAUGAAUAAUUAAACAGAGAAUUAUUAGAAAUUCUUUAAGGAAACAACUUAAUAAUUAUAAAAUUAGAAUUCUACUUUAAAUGAGAUAUAGGAUUUUUAGAAAAAUGCUGAAGAGAAAAUAUCUAUAAUUGUAAAUAAUUAGAUUAGUAUAUUCUAAACAAAUAUAAAUUAAUAAAUGAAGAAAUUGACAGAUUAAUUUAAUGGUUUGAAAGCUACUAUAGCAAAAGAAAUGGCAUAGGAGUUCAAUUAUAAAUUAGAAGAUAUACGUUAAUAAUUAUUGAAUGAAUCUUUAAAAUAAUAAAAUAUGAAAUUAGCUAUAUUUGAAUUAUAACUUUAGGAGAUUAAAAAUAAAUAAUAUCAAAAAGAUGUUGAAGUUUAGGUUAUUUUAUCAGAUAAUUCAUUAAGUUAACAGGAAUAAUUAUAGAACUUUAUAAUUGAAUAAAUAGAUAUGAAAAUAACAAGUAGUUCAUUUAAAGGUUAGAAAGUAACUAGAAGAAAUAGUAUUUGUUAAAAUACAAAAGGAGGAUUUAAUUUAAUUUAAGUUGGUCAAUCUGAAAAUAAUCAGAAAUCUUUGGUUUUAAAUGAAUUAUUGAAUGAAUAAUUAGAAGAUAUGAAGACUGAUAUAUAGAUGUUAUUUGAGAUGAGAGAAGAAAUGGAAUAAAAAUUUAAAGUAUUUGAGGCAGACUUUUCAGUUGCUAUAUAGAAUUUUGAUAGAAAUCAUUCUCAUGUAUUAAAAUUAAAAUCAGAUAUAUUUAAUGAUACAGAAUAUUUAAAUAAUUAAAUUAAAAUAUUAUUUAGAGAGAAGGAUAUUAUAAAUAGAAAAUUUUCAUUACUUUUAUAAUUAUUAUCUGGAUGUUCAGAACUUACUUAAAUUACAGUUGCAUAUUUACUCAAAUAAUUAAAAGAUCCUAUAAAAUUUACAUCUGAUUUAGGUAUGGUUUUUGAAUUCAGAAAUGAAAUAUGCAGUUAUAGAUAAUCAAAUUAUACUAUAGAAGAUCUUUUGAAAAAAUAAUUUCAGAGUUUUAUUGAUAGUUGGGAUAAAAGUGAAUUAUUAGAAGUUAGAGAAUUUAAUCCAUAUUGGUAUUUUAAUAAAUACAUUUAUAAAAAUCAUGUAGGUCUAUCUAAAACUUUAGACAGAUCAUUUGAAAAAACAAUUAAAUGUACUACUUAGACUGUAGCUGAUGGUGAAGAAUAUGUUAGAAGAUCUGGUAGAUAAAGAAAUACUUCUUAAAAAUAAUCAAUAAUGAUGAGUAUGGAUUCAACUAGAUAGAAAAGAGUAACUGUUAGAUCUAUGUAUAAAUAAUAAGAGGUUGAUGAUUGUAAUGAAUGUUUUCCAAAAGUGAAAAAGUGA